CGGCAGUUGCGUCGUAGCUCUCGUAGAGCUGGGUUCUACGCGCCGUGAUUUACCGUAGUCGUUAACCUACAGCAUCUGAACUGUUAACAAUUAAUUAUAGGUAUACUUAUAUAUAAUUUAUAUAAUAAUUGUAGUAAAUUGGUGUUUAAUUAGUUAAGGUAAUUUAGUUGGUGUUUGGAUCAUCUGCAUCGCAACAGGUAUAAUGAUGAAAACGGUUAAAGGAUUUACAAAAAUACACUUGGACAUAAAAUAAAUGGUGUGGAUGAAAUAAACGCUCUGGGUGAAAGGGGAGACCCUAGAGAUGGCUCGAAAGUUAAUGCGUGUCGUGAGCGCGGCGCUUGCAUUACAAAUUAUUUGCGCUGCGCAGCUGAUGUGUCCGAGUGACCCUAACUGCGUUUGCGGCGGCACGCUAGCCGUCGAACUCAAUUGCAACAUCGACGGUCACAUUGUAAAGAUAAAUUUGCUACCAGGAAUAUACAUCAACAUUAAAUGUGAGAAUACGACGAGUCUCGACUACAAUAAAUUACCGAAAUGUGCCAACAACCUGAGCUCGUUCAAAUCAGUCAGUUUCAAAGACUGUCCUCUACCGAAAUCGUCAUUUAAGGAUGUUUUAACCAACAUGGGAGUAUCAAAAACAAUGGCACUAAUAUUUCAAAAUGCAAGAAACCUAUCAGGAUAUUUUGAUAGGAAACAUUUUUCAGGGCUACAAGAUCUAACCAAGUUACUUUUAUCUAUCAACGGUGUAACUCAUUUACCGAAUAAUCUUUUUAUGGACAUUAGUAAACUGACUUGGCUGAACAUAAGAUCUAAUAGUAUUAAUCUAUCUGAGGAGUUGUUCAAGCCCUUGGAGAGGUUGGAAACUUUGGAGAUUAGUCACAAUCACAUGACCAAUAUAUCUUCAAACUUAUUUUCCCAUUUAUCUUUCCUGAGGAAACUUUCCCUGUGGCAAAGCAACGUCACCUGGUUUUCAAAGGACCUUUUUAGUGGCGUAGACGUCCUUGAGGAACUAGACUUGAGCUCCAAUGGACUUAAUGAACUUCCAGCGUCUAUAUUUAAGCCGCUCAACAAAUUAAAGAAACUUACAUUAUUUUCCAACAAGUUUUCAUCGCUACCAGAGAAUUUGUUUAAAAAUAAUUACGAACUGGAGACGGUAGUAUUUUUGAAUAAUGACGUGAAACUCAGAGAUUUACCGAAGAAUUUGUUUGGGAACCUUCCCAAAUUGAAACAGAUAUACAUUCAAAGAAGCGGUAUUGAAAACGUACCAUACGAUGUAUUCGCGAAUUCAUCUCAAGUUACAAACAUAUCGCUAGCUUACAAUGAUAUAAAAAAGCUUCCAGAGCCCAUUUUCAACGAUCAGAUAAAUUUGUUGGAAUUAGAUUUGAGUUUCAACCGAUUGAAGAAAUUGGAUCCCAAACUGUUUUCUUCUUUAGUACGGCUGGAAAGGCUGGAUUUAAGCCACAAUUCUUUGGAUAUUAUAAGCGGAGAAACGUUCUCAUCAUUAUUAAGUUUAAUAUACUUGAAUAUGGAACACAACAAUCUGGAAACAAUUUCCUCGUACUUAUUCAGUAAUAACAAACAAAGGAUGUCAAUAUCAUUCGCCUAUAAUAGACUUACCUUCGAGGAACGGAAACUAAUAAACAAUACUUGCGAAGUGAAGAGAUUCUCGCCGUUCAAACAUACUUACAAUCUGCAUUUGCUUAAUUUAAGUCACAAUAGUUUUAAAUUUACUUCGAAGGAUUGGUGGACUAACGGACAUGAAAAACUGGAUAUCAGUGGCAACUGUAUUACACAUCUUUGGGGCGAUGAGAUACGCGACGAAGAUUAUGAAAUUUUAGUAAAGAAACCCCUUCAUGAGGUGUGGAUAAGCCAAAAUCCAAUGAACUGUGAAUGUCGCAACCAUUUAUUUCUGGACUUCCUUCUGAGCCAUCCUGUAACCAAGAUUCCUGAUAUAGAUGAAAUACAUUGUCCAAGAUGGGCCGGCGAAAUUUGCUAUGUGAAAUUUAUCAUACUGAUCUCAUUGCUUACAACAGUGGGAACGUUGUAUGGGCUUAUCAUAAUUUUAUUCUUGAUGCACAGAAAAAGCAUUAACGAUGCAUUGAAGAAGAAGUUCUUCGCCCUAACACAUAGUUCUGAUAGCAAACAUGAGAACACUAAUGUAAUAAUAAAAUAUUCUGACGUUGACGAAGAAUUCGUUCUUAAAGAAGUAUUGCCAGUUUUGAGAACUCACAAGAACCUAAAAAUUCACACCAGCCCCACUAAGAAUUCUGAGAACGCGGAAAGUUUCAUUAAUAAUUUCACAACAUGUGUUAAAGACAUUUACAAAUAUAAGACUCUGGUUGUUUUUUCUCCAAAUUACUUGAUAACAACAUACAGUCAAGUAGAUAUAAAAAAAAUCCACACUGCCAUGAUGGAAGCGGAUAAUACAAUCCAUGUGUUCGUUGACAGCGGCCCUGAGAAUUCUGUGUACGCUUUUCUAAAGGACCAGCGAGAUAUUCGGACAUCCAUUGUAUGGAGCGAGCCUAACUUCUGGGACAAAGUUGUCGACAAAUUAACAGAGCGUAUUAAGGACGAAGAAUGUGAUACCGAACUUGGAAAAAAAGAUCAAGUUUUCGUCGAUAACGCAAAAGAAUCGGAUAUUUCCUUUUCAAAGUUACCAGAACCGAACAUUUAUGAUUUAAACGCACUAACUCAUGGACAAGUUUAAGUUUCUCUUCAUUUAUACUAGUGAGGUAAAGACUGAAAUCUCCGCUGCUGUCGAUGUAUCUUCAUUCUUAUAUUGUUUGUCUAUUAGCUCUUACUAUAUUAUUCAUUUAAGUAGUGUUUUCAUAUUAUUUGUAAGUAUUUUAACAUUUUUAUAACACGUAUUCUAUCAUGUAAAAAUUAGUAUUAAUUAUUAUUUUAUAAACUGUACAUAGUUUUAAUUUAAUACCAAAAUUCUUGUAAUGGUCAAACCGGAAACAUCAACUUCAAAGAAGUCAUCUUUAUUGUACCCAUGCAAGUGUAACGAACAUGUUAGCAAUCCGUUUCAUUAAGUGUAAAUAUUUAUCCGUAUUGAAAAGGAAAAGUUUCAUGGAAACUCCAUGUUGUUAAGAGUUGUAAACUAAAGCUUAUAAUAAAAUGUGUACUUGAUUG